AUGGACGGAGUUGACGAAGAUUUUGUUCGGAAGCGAGUCGAAGAGGGUAAUAGUCAUGCUGUCAUCAGUGAAGAAUUACAGACGAUGUUUCCAGGACUUCGGGGACUCAGCGAACGAUCUGUUCGACGUUUCUGUACAGACAGAGGCAUAAGUCGACGUUGUUCUCUGACUAAAGAGGAACUAGAACGCUGCGUGUCUGACGCCGUAAGCGAGGUCGGACCAUCUUAUGGUAGGAAAACGAUGACUGGCCUUUUAGCAGCUAAGGGCAUACAGUGCAGUCACCAUAGAGUAGGUGCUGCACUCAAAACCGUGUCACCAGACUACGCUCAGUCAAGAAGACAAGGAAUAGCUACUCUCUUAAAUCCUAUGCCGUACAGAGCAGACUACUUCGGCGAAAAACUGCAUGUGGAUCAGAAUGAGAAGCUAGCAAUGUUUGGCGUAACUCACGUGGCAGGAGUAGAUGGAUUCAGCAGUAAAGUGGUCGGACUUGUCACAAUGCCUGUGAAGAAUAAUGUUGCCAUCUAUGAACAUCUCUAUCGGCCUGUUGCUCUACAGUACGGUCUUUGGGAUCAAAUACGAGUAGACCGUGGUCGAGAGUUCUACCUGAUGCUGGCUGUGCAGGACCAUUUGUCAGACCAAAGAGAAAAUACCUCAAAGGCCCCAUCUAUUCAAUCACCGUCAACCAAGAAUCAUAUGAUUGAAAGACUUUGGGUAGAAAUCAACAAUAGAGUGAACUAUCCAGUGAAAGAUGCACUAAUUCAGAUGCAGUCAAGGGGACUUAUUGACAUGGACUGUGAGAUAACAAAAUUCUGCGUGUCCCACGUCACAAUGAGAGUCGCUCAAGUAGGCGCAUCUCUUGCUGUAAGCUCUUGGAACAAACACAGAAUUCCAAAGCUUGGAAUUCCAGACAAGCUGAUGGAAGAAAACAACAUGGCCAAGCGUCUUCGCCCUGCACAAGUGCCAACUGCUGAAGAAGCAGUUAGUCUCUACGAACAAAGUGGAGGAACCCUGACACUGUUUGGAGAUUUUGGUAUUGAUCCAGUGGAAGAUCAUCAACAGGAGCAACGACUCCAAAUGUUCCAGCAACGUUUUCCAUCGUCUUGUGAACGGCGACAACUCAUUAUUUACAGAUGCAGUUCUGUGUUUCAAAGAAGUCACUUUUUCAUUAUCCUAGUUGCAUGGUUCCUCGAGUCACCUUAA